AUGCUGGAUGUAUACAUAUAAUUAUAAUAUAACUUGAGAUCAGUGGGUGUAUCGGGAUUGUUAUUGUUUCACGUUUGGUGUUGCAUGAGUACUUCCUAGGGUUAGCUUAUUUUUUUUAAAAAGUAGUCAGAUGUAGUUUCUUUGUUUUCUGACCUUUCACACUCUUUUCUAAACGCGAAAGCACGCACUUAUGCAGAAUGCGGUCAUUAUUGCGGCAGUGGUUAUGGUUACGGGCCAGAAGCUAUGGGGAGACCACCAAGAAUACUACAGCAGCCAGGGAAGCUGAUGAGUUUUCAGCAGUAUUUCAUUAAGUCCUUGAAGCAUAACCUUAAGCCACUCCCAAUGACUUUUUUACCAGACAUUUCAAACAUACAUUCAGUUUCACAGAAUUUUAUCAUGUAUAUCCAUACCAGAGCCACACGUUAACUGUAUAUUAUAUGUAAUUGAUGGUCACCCUUGUACACAACUCUAGAUCAAAAACUAAAAAGUGCCAAGAAAUAUGUGAUCAAUAAAGUUGCAGGAAAAAAAGGCCAUCUCAGGAAGAAUAGAACAAUUAAUGAGCACCGAGUUUUAAAAAAAAGUAAUCAGUAAAUUGCUGUAAAAAAAUAUUAGGUCACCACUAGGUUAUAUAGCAUAUAUUUUUUUAUUGUUCGCUCUGAAAAUUAUUGUGACGCUCAAAAAAAAAUUGUAAUUUCACUAGAAAUACAAAAUGAGCAGCAAAAAGGUUGCUCUUGAAGAUGAGCUAGAGGUCAGGAGUUGUCUAAAACAGCAAGAUCAAGAUGAAAAUGCUUCACGGGCAAGUAGUCGUCUUCAGGGUGACGUGGAUGGUGUUGGAAUACAUUCUCGAUGUUCAAGAAUUGGAUUCCACUCGUCACCUGGAUCCAAAAGUGCUUCAAGGGAGUCCAUUUGUAUGAUGGAAGUAGCUCCUCCUAACUCCAGCCUGACUGGUAACAUGCAACGACCAUGGAAGUUGUCUUUAUUAGAAUUUUCCCAAAAAAGGGAGAGUUUUCUUGUGAGUUCAGAAGAAGUCAAAAACCUGCCCAGGAACGUAAGGAAGUAUUACAGACAACAGAGUGAACUCAUAAAGGAAUAUGAAGGUUUGGAGGAAAGGGUCGAGAUGGAAGGUCAAACCAGCAGCACAGACCACAAAAUACCACUCCGUCUCUCUCAGCUCUCUUUUGCUGUCAACUUUGUGCUACUCAUAGCCAAGACUGUCGCUGUGGCAUUAUCUGGUUCAAUCUCUAUUAUCUCAAGCUUGGUCGACUCCUCUGUGGACUUGCUGUCUGGAAUAAUCAUCUGGUAUACAUCUCGAGCUGUGAAGCGAUCUGACAUGUACCUCUACCCAUCUGGAAGGCGACGCCUUGAACCUGUUGCAAUAGUCAUCUUGUCUGUCAUCAUGUCACUGGCAUCAUUCCAACUCAUUAUAGAGUCCAUCCAAAAGAUUGCAGCCUUUGUGGCUGACAAGAGUGGUAAACCAGACUUCUCCAUUCCAACAAUUGUGAUCACAGCCAGUACAAUAGGUGCUAAGCUUUGUCUCUACCUAGUCUGCUACUGGAUGAGACGAAAACACCAAUUUCAGUCCAGCUCAGUGGAUGUGUUGAUGCAAGACCACAGAAAUGAUACUGUCUCCAAUUCUGUUGCUUUGGUUUUUGGCUUUUUGGGGUCUCAGCAAUUUGCAGAAAUAACAAGAGAGGAGAAUGUGGUUUUUAUUGAUCCGAUUGGUGCAGCUAUCAUUGGCAUCUAUAUCCUUGUUGGAUGGUGGCAGACUGGGUCUGAACAAAUCAAAUUGUUAACAGGCUUCACUGCAAAACCAGAGUUCAUGAGCAAAAUCACAUGGAUGUGCUUAAACCAUAGUCCCCACAUCCUAAAGAUUGAUACUGUUAGGGCAUUCCACUUUGGAACCUGCUUCCUUGUUGAGGUUGAUAUUGUCCUACCCAAAGAUAUGACACUGGAAGCAACUCAUGAAGUUGGAGAAAGUCUGCAGCGUCGGCUGGAAGGCUUGACAGAGGUUGAGCGGGCAUUUGUGCAUGUAGAUUGGGAGACUGAGCAUCGACCAGAAGAGGAGCAUAGAAUUUCUUAAGCAUUUUUGGGGAGAGGGCCUUGUAUUUAGGGCAAAUACAUCUGCAUUUUGUGUGUGUGGGAGAGAGAUGAAUCAUUGAGUCAACAGGAUAAAUAAAAGUAAUUGUUUUUGUAGUGAUUCUCCCACUCUAUUAUUUAGCCAGUAUACAUGUUGAAAUCCAUGUACACAUUUUUUGCCUUUAUACUUACACAAGGGCAUGUAUGUAAAGAUAAAAUUACAUUAUUUUGAAUGUUUUCUUAAAAAACUUGUCAUAUUUAAAUCUUUGUUACAAAUUUUUGUAAAAUAAGCCUUACAGAAGAAAAGAUUGUAAAGCCUUAGAAUAUUGUUGGAUUCAUGAAGACAUAAAUGUUAAAGAAGAUUGUUAAGUUUUAGAUCUUCAGUGUUAUAAGACUUAUUCAAGAUAAGUCACCAUCAAAGUAAACAUACUAAAGAAGUCUGUGUAUUCUAUGGUACAUAUUAGAGCAUGUAAAUAUAAAUUUCCAAAUUUAUGACCAUUAGAAUGUUACAAUUGAAAGCUUUUUUCAUGUAGAGCACCUUUCUAGUGGCAAGAAAGGGAGGUUAAAGAUGUUUGCUAAACUAUAUCAUUGGUUUGUUUAAAUGGAAAGGGUGAUAAUUUUACACAGGGGAUAAACAGUUACGAGUGACACAGGAAGCACUCUUUACACAACAAAUAAAUGAUACCUGUAUGUUAUCAAAAUAUAGAACCUACAUAUUUUAGAUAUUUAAUAAUGUGAAUUUAACUUUUCUGUCUCUUUGGUGUAUGAUUAUGAAUUUGGUAAAUCUGCCACCUACCCACCAUUGAACUCUUUAAAUCUGCACUGAAAACACCUCUUUCUUGAGCAUUACUGCUAGCAACUGUCCACAGAAUACUACUCCUUUUUCAAUUCCCAUUUCUUACCCCCUUUCCCAUCCCGCUUUUUCCAUUUACUUUCCUACUCAACUUCUGCAGAAUCACGACAUUUUUAGUUCUUGUUAGUCUGAUUCCUCUUUGUGUUUUCAAUAUUCGUCUUUUCUUAUAAAUACUGUUGUUCAUCUUUCUGUUCCUUCCUGCCUCGUUCUUGUCUCAAGCACUAAGAGCAUGUUCCUUAUGAGGACGAGUAUGUGCUAUACAAAUCAGUUAUUAUUAUUUGUUAUUAAAACUGUGUCCUGCAUCGUUUAUUUCCAAAUCUUUAAUUUUACCUGGAUUUUCUGUUGUUAAUAUGGACAUCAAGAGAUAGAAUGAAAUUGCUGUUGUUUCUAUAUCGUGUCAUAUAGGGAUAGUCAUUACUCUUAUUUUAAUUUGUGGAUGUUUUUCUCAUGAGAAGUAGCUAAUAUUGACAGAAGUGUUCUACAUGACAUGUAUUGUUAAUUGUUAUACUCUCACUUUAGUUGUCCCCAACAGAAGAACAUCAUUUGCAUGCACACCUUAUACAAUGUUGUUUUUUUUUUAACAGAAAGAUUUUGUGUGCAUUGCAAAUUAAUUGAACAUUCUUGGGGUGCUUGAUGUCUAUUUCUUCUCUGGGCCAUACAAGCUAAACUGCUUGUUAUAGGUGUUGUUUGAUGUCACAGAAAAAAGUUUUGCUUUUGCUAUAGCUUAUUUAUUGCAGUGGUAUAACUUUAAUGGUAUAUUGGUACAAAAAUUAAACUACAUUAGUAUGGCAAAUUUAAAGCAGGCUCAGUGUACUUAACUGUACAGAAAUAGAAAUAAAGCAAAAAAUCCUCUUAUACACAAAUAUAGGUUUGAAAUAAAAAUAGUGCUCAUGCAUAGACCAUAACAUUUAGACAGAUAUACGGACACAAAUUUAUGUAGCAUCAAAAAGGAGCAAGAUCGCACAGUCAAGGUGAGAACACUUUGUUUGAAGUUUUGUUUUUUCACUGAACUAAGCCACCUUCUAUUUGCUAUGUUACUCCUAGUUUUUUCGUCUAAAGUUAAUGUGGUAAGGACAUGGAGCAAAUCUGUGUUUAAAUCUGUGUUUAUUUUUAAAUGCAUGAGAAGGGUAUAAUUAUUCCUGCCAGAUAAUAUAAUUUAAGUAAAAAUUGCAUUUGUGGCUUUUUUCAAUGGAUAUGUGCUUUUUUUCUGAAAUAUGCUAUUUUCAAACAAGUGUCAAAAACUAGACAAAGGGUAAUCUAGUACCACUCAUUCUGCUUUUCCUUAAUUAGGAGGUAACACAGGCCACAGUGCAAUAUUUUUUAUUUCUGACUUUUAUUUCUGAUUCUAAAAUAGGAUCUUUAUUCCAAUCAAUUUUGUUACAUCUGUGCUGUGAUUUGCCAGGGAAUGAGCUUUUGCAUUGCAAGCGAUGGAAAGUUGGAUGUAUUCCUGAGCACUUGUACAUAACCACUGCCUUUUGUUGCCAUCAAAAGGAAUUGUUUUAUAUUGUUUUUUGAUAUCGUGUAUGGAAUCCCCGUGAUGUUUAAAAAAAGUUAGAAUAUAUUCACUUUGCCUUAUUAAGCAUUAACUAGAUGUUUAAUAGUGCAUGUUGUCUUUCAAAAAAAAAAAUUUUUAUCCAUGUGGUUUUAUCAAACUUGCAAAAGAACUGUGAUUGAAAAUGCUCUCUGUUUGUUAACUUGAGAACUGUUAACUAUUUUAAAAGUGAUAUUAUGCAAUUGGCCUGAAAUUAUUCCUAAUCAGAUGUAAUGGCGUUUAACUUUGCCUUCGAAAUAAUAUACUGCCACUUUACAGUUAAGCAGUUACAUAGUUUAUUAAUUUUCCCCUCAUGGUGUUUAAAUAGGUGUGUGGUUAGAUGUUAGGAUACAAUGAUUGGUCAGUAAGAAAUCUUUAUGUAAAGAUCCUGAAUGUUUAUUAGUCUUUUAACUCUUUGCAGUUCAGGAUUUCUUCUUCAUCCACCAAGUAAAUGUUUUUAAUGCAUUGACAGAUUCUUUAACAUAAGUUUUCUUUGCAAAUCUAUUUGCAUACUGUAUAAUUUUCAUGUAUGUCUAAAUGCAUUAGCUUAAUGUUUUAAGUGUAUUUUAAUUCUUGUGCAUUUUUUGAGUUCCCACAGUCCAAUAUUCUGAUUUAACCUUUCGGUGUAUCCAUUAAUAACUUUCAUGUAAAUUGUCUUUAUUUUUAAAAAAAAAACCCCAGUAAUGGUACAAAUUACACAAUUAUUUUUAUAAUUACUUAUAAAGGUCUAUUAUUAUACAUAUCUCUUAUUGAUGAUGCUCAAAGAAAUAAGUACAAGAAAAGCUUUUUAAAUGGUAAGUGUUCACUCUUAUAUGUAUAUACAUUUAUAUAAAUUGUCAGUAUUGUUUUGUAUGUGUGGUAGUCAUAAAGAUGAUGGGACCAGUGAAGAGUUUAAGAAUUCAUAGAUUUAAUGAGAUUGGUCAAUAGUUUUACAGGGUUUUUAUUAUCUCUGAGGAUCUGUUGAAUCAAGGGAUUUGGAUAUUGGCCUAGUCUUCUGAUUUGAUCGAAAGCUAUAUUUUUAGUUAUUACCUAAACCAUAGUAACAAUUGAAAAAUUUGUACCACUGGUUUUAUGAGCACCACACUUUUAUUUGUAUGACAUCUCAAUCCAAACGUUUAUUUUGUGAAUUUAAAAAAAGCAGAUAGAAAAAAAGGUUGGCUAACUUACCAAGUGUGGAAGAGACGACUGAAAAUGUGUAUAAUACUGCAUUAGUUUUACAGCCUACGAUUUCAAUGUUCUUUAUAAUGUUCUACCGGUGAUUACACUUAAUAAGAGCAGUUGUUUGUGCUAGCAUAGAUUAAGGAUGGCAGCUCACCACCACUUUAGUUUUGACUGCAUCUUCUAGCCCACAUAUUUCAGGGAGAUACACAUUUUUUUAUGUUUGUUUUGUUUUCUUCUUGCCUUUCUCAUGCAUAAAUCAUAAAUCAUAAAUUAAAUAAUAAUUAAAAUUGUAACUGAAAACUCCGUGACAGCAAUACAGCACUCUCCCACGACUAAGAAAGGUAAGAAUUAAGACCUUUAUUUAAAGAUCACUGUUCAACGUGAAGCAGCAGUAGCUUUUGUCAGUAUGACAACCCUCACAUCCAUUUUCCAACUUUGAGUUUACACCUUUAUAUGAUGCUUGAUGGUUUUGAAGUUUGUCUUGGACAAGUCAGAAAGAUGAAAAGUUAUAAAUUCCUGUUUUGAUCCAUGUGGCAUAUAUAUAGCCUCUUUAAAAAUAAUGAUGAUCAGCAAUAGUGGAUAACUCAUCAACAUAAGCAUUUUAUCAGCAUAAUGUUGCAAAAAGACUUGUGUAUUGCCAUACUGUACAAUUAGUUACGAUUUUAAUAUGCUUUUUUAGCGUUUCUGGCAUUAAAUACACGUUUAAUGUG